ACGGACAUUAGAGUGGGUUAGACUCCAGUGAAGAGCUGCUGAGAGAGCUGUGUACUCAGUGUGGUAUACAGGGCUAGUGUAGUGCUGGGUGUGGAGCUGUCAGUGUGCUGUGAACUCAGUUGUUUUACUAGUGAGGAUGUUGCUGACUUUUUAUCUUCUCUUCAUCGGGCUACACGUCUGUGAAGGCUGCACUCUGGAAAGUGAAGGAAAACCAUUAGAUAUCACAGCACGUACAGUAGAGUCAGUACUGUUGCCCUGCUACUGCACUGACCGCAUCCCAUCUGAUACAUUCACCUGGGAGAAACAGAACACAAAGAGCAACAAGUGGGAAGUGGUGUCCAGUGAGAGUGGUCAGUACAGAAACAGAGUUCAGCUGGUUAAUGGUCACUCUCCAGGAAAUCUCUCUCUACUCAUAUCAAACCUGACUGAAGAGGAUGGAGGAGAUUACAGGUGUGAAGUUAAAGGGAGUGGAUACACAGACAUCAGACUCACUGUUAAAGGUUGCAAUCUCGAAAAGAUUGAAACAACCCAGACUGCCACAGCACAUACAGAAGAGUCAGCACUGCUUUCCUGCUACUGCACUGACCUACUCACCAAACCUGAGAGAUUCACCUGGAAGAAACUCAACACGAGCACAGACAUAUAUGAAGAGAUAUCCAGUGAGAGUGGUCAGUACAGAAACAGAGUUCAGCUGGUUAAUGGUCACUCUCCAGGAAAUCUCUCUCUACUCAUAUCACACCUGACUGAAGAGGAUGCAGGCUAUUACCUGUGUGAACUCACAGGAAGUAAACGCACAUACGUCAAACUCACUGUUGAAGGGGGCUCAACUAAAACCACAGUAUCUACUGCAAUCACAAAUUCCUUGCAAACGCCUAAUAGUACUGCGUCUCAAACUCCCAGUACGCAUUUCUCCAUUGUUAUUCCUGUUCUUCUCUUGCUGGGACUUCUCCUGCUGGGAGGAGUCGUCUACUGGAGAUACAGAGGACAGAGACGAGGAGAGACGGAGAGUGGAGUACAAAAAGGGGUGGAGGGAGAGCAGGAGACACAGGAUCAAGUAACAUACUCUACUGUAGCUCACAGUAACAAAACCAUCACACCCACUGCAAUUCAUACUGAAGAUAUGACUGAAUAUGCCUCCGUCAGAGUGAAUUAA